UGCCCAAAAAUCAGAGUUUUACCCUUAGCGCCAUCACGUGCAAAGCAGCCCUUUCAACAAGCGAGUCAGCCCGCUGCUUCUCACUCUCCAGCUCCGCCCCUCCUCAAACCCUCAUCCCUACACAACGGCACUCCCCGCCUCUCAACAACAAACUCCACUUUCACACACUCUCCAUGAGGUCAUUAUCAUCCUCACACAUAAAAGAAUGGCUCCACACCAGCCCCUCCCUCGUAUCCCAAAUCCAAGAAACCUGCCACCUUAUCCUGACGGAUGAGCGUUUCACCUCUGACCCCCCACGAUAUCUUCGGCUCCGUGGCCGUUCUCAUCCUCUCUGGCACACCUCCAUUGGCAAACCACCUCCUCUCCUUUCCCUUCAGAAUCCCGGAAUUUGCUGCUCUGUCACCAGGGCAAUUACCACCUUCUUUAUUACUACGUGUAAGUUCAAUGAGAAGCAGAAGUUGGUGCUUGAACUGUGGUGGAGCGCAAUUCCGGAAAGUGGGAGACCGUGUAAUACGCCAUGGAGAAUAGAUGGGAAGAGGUUAGAAGGUGUGAGGAAAGGGACUGAUGCCGAGAGGAUGGCGUGGUGGGAGGAGUGGAUGAUAAUUGAUGACUUGCGACAAAGCUCGGCAUCACUACUGAUGAAAACCUGAACGUCAGUGCACAUCCUUGGAAAGGCUCUGGUGGUCCUGCGGAACUUGCGACUUAUGCGAAGCUGUUGUGUCAGCCAAGAAC